GCUGCCAACACAACCACCACGCUCACUCCCGUCCUGCGGCCUGAGUGCAACAAGACGGACCCGGCCAACCUCGUCCCGUCUAACGACAUCACCCUCAACUACGGCGCCGCCGACGACAAGAGCCUCGUCAGCGUCGUCCUGGCCAUGAAGUACCCCUCCGUCGUCCUCGAGGAGGUCGCGGCCAUCGCGAGCGUCGAGUGCGCCGAGGACGCGAGCAUCACCGUCACGUUCAACGCGACGGCUGCCUUUGAGCAGACUUCCCAGCAGUGGCAGGCGCUCGACGACUUUGUAAUGGUUACGAAUCACCUGGGUAACUGUGAUGCUGAGAAUGAGCGCGGCUUCUUCUUGGUUGAUACCGUUACUUGGGACGCCGAGUCUCUUCAGGUUGUUGCCAAUGCCCACAAGAGCGACGUUGCCAACACGGCUACCUCGACGGAGAUUUCCUUCUCCAAUGUCCCCGUCCAGAACCCUGCCUCUUCUAGGCGUGACAUCAAAUGGGACGACGGCGGCGUGGAAAUCACAAACACGCUCGCCCUCCCCGCUAACACGAACCUCUUCACCUACGACCCGUAUCUCUCCGUCACAGCCGACGAGGCCUCUCUGACGUCCAACAUGACCUUUUCCGGCACGCUGAAGUACAGUAUCAUUCCCCUCAAGGUCGAGCAGCUCGCCCUCGACAUCGACACCACCUUCGAUGCGGUCCUAGGACUCACUGUCGACGUAAAGGCGCCGUACUCUGGGAACUUCACCUAUGAUCCCGAAGACCUGGGCUACAACUUCGUCGACAUCCCCGGCAUCAUCAAACUCGGCCCCGCAAUCGGCUUCGCCAUCGGCAUUGAACUCGAAGCUGACGCCAAAGCCUCAAUCACCACAGACCUAGGCCUCUCCUUCCCCUCGGCAAACCUUCACCUCGACCUCGUCGACGCCGCCGCCUCCUUCGCCACGGGCUGGGACCCCGUCUGGACCGCCCGCGCCAACAUUUCUGAAAAGGCUGCCGUCGGCGUGAACCCCUACGUCGACCUGGGCGUCGAGCUCGUGUUUGAGAUCCUCGGCGGCGCCAUCGAUCUUAGUUCGGGGGUGACCUCGCGCUCCAAGCUCGUGAAUGACUUUGUGCUGUCUGCGAGCCAGGAGGUGAAUGGGACUGGUAUCAGUGUGGGCCAGAAUGACAACACGGGGUGCGAGGAGGGUCUUGCGGUGAAGAGUGAUUUCUUCUUCAGUGUUGUUGGGUUUGCGACGCAGUGGUGGUCGCAGGAGCUUUAUAGUGUUGAGGUGCCUGUUGCUGAUGAGUGCUAUACUUGG